AUGAAUGUGUUGCAUGCCUUCAUGUUUGGAUUUGUCUUCACUGCUGCUAUUACAAUGGGAGAGUGUGUGUUACAAGCCAUUUCACCGGAGAGCGAUGAGAGCCUGCCUGGCAAUUUCAUAGGGUUUAAGUCAGCCCCUGACAAAGUGGAAGAUGGCUCAGUCGUCCUUGUGCGGUAUCGAUGCCUCAGGCCAUGUCAGCUGGCAGUGGAGGUGGUGGUCUCCACAUCAAGGAAGACAGAUUUAGUGGUCUUCAGAAGGAAAUGGAUCAGCGGCCGACUCGGAGUCUACAGGAUCCACCAGGUGCAGCUCAGACUGCCUCCAUCCAUCUUGUAUCGGGCCGACUUUUUCAACCGGAAUGUUUUGGAGGUUGAUAAUGCGACUGUUCGUGCUUGGCUAGUUCAUCUGAAAAAUGGCACCGUACCCAGGAGACACCGUGACUCAAUGUUAAGUAUUAAUAAAGUGCUGGAGAUAACGCCACUCUCAGAGCGGCCGGCUAAGCCUCCCACAGAGUCUUUGUCAUGGUUUGCUCAACUGAUGUGGCAAAUGACCAGAGACAGGACCAGUCCGUGUCCACAUGAGUCAGACAUCAUUGAGGUUCUGAAGUUUCCCCUGGCAAGCACUGGUGAGAUCUUCGGAAUGGUCCGCAGGUUCCAGCCUUUCAUGGACGAAGCCCUGGAGAGAGGCCGUCUUCAUGCUGUGACACAGCCCAGCGUCACCAUAUCUGUGUGGAUCUACCUACUGAGACGGUGUCACAACAGCCUCUGUGGGAUCAUCCAUCAUCUCGAUAGGAGAAAUAAAUACGACUCUGUUCUGAUGAUGCUUACAGACGCAGGGGACAUAAUAAUUCAAGCCCGUUUGACAACAGGAGAAGAAGAAGCUUUCAAAGCCAGUGUUACGUUGCCCCUGAGGAAAUGGAUUAGAUUAGACUGCUCCAUACAGGACUCAAAGGUGCUGCUGUAUGUAUCGUGGGAUGAUGAAACCCAAAGACAUGUUUAUGAUUUUUCUGACAGUGUCCAUUAUGAUGACACUGAAGGAUACUUUGUGAUCGGAGGAAGCAAAUUCCUGCCAGGCAUCCACGGGUAUUUUGGGCCGAUCAAAUACUACCGUUUUGGAACUGAAGAGAUAAAAAACCCACUUCACCUCAAGACAUUGCAGGAGCUGGAUAAGACUCAUCGCGAGUGUCAGGAAAUCAAAGCAUUCACAAAAGCUUUUCUGAAAGAAGUAACAGAGAGUCACAACUUGUCAACAAACAGCAAAGCUGUCUGCACCCCUCACUUCAUAAGACUCUGGGCUCAGUCUGGUGAAAAAACCUGCUCACAAACAUGGACCUGGGAAACACCACUUAAAUACAGCUCGCUUUUCCAUCUCUUGCAAACAAAAGAGGAGCAAGUCAGAACAGGAUCUUUGGACAUGAAGGGCCUCAGGACGACUUUGUUUCAAGAGGCAGUCGCUGCAAUGUUCACUGCGGAUCAGACACAGAUCAAAAUUAAAUCUAAACACAUGUCCUUGCUACAAGCGUCCUCCUGCUUUGGAAAUCCCCAAGCGUCACUCUUGUUGGCCUCCAUCCACCUCUCUGGCCUCGGACAUCCAGUUGACCACAACCAGGGUCAUGUCUAUAGUUUGAUCGGUGCAUCAGGGGACGGCCGCUUCGCCCUGAUGCAUGCAGGGUACAAACACACACAAGGCAUUGAUGGCUUUCCGAAAGACUUGGACAUGGCUUAUAGCUAUUACUCCAAUGCUGGUGUACAGAGCCAUUCUGACACGGCGUACAUGCAUGAAGAUAAGCAAUACUUCCUUGAACACAUCUAUCUCAACAACCAAGAGGAUUUAGACGGCAUGACACAUGAGACGAGUGACGACUUUCAGUUUCUGAAAUUCGAGGCAGAGAGGGGGCACGCAGAAUCUCAGGGACACCUGGGAACAAUGCUAUACUGGGGACAGAACGGAGUCUCAAAAGACAUAGUGAGUGCAGCGAAGUGGUUGCACAGAAGCUCUAUGCAAAUGAAGGAUCCCGUGGCGAUGUACGACUACUCCAUCCUACUGAUGAAGGGCCUGGGAGUGAAAAAAAACCUCACCCGAGCUCUUCAGCUUAUGAAGAAAGCUGCAGCGAUGGGCUCAACUGAGGCCUUGAAUGGUUUGGGCUGGUACCAUGGGAUCAUACUGGGCGACCACGAAGGCGCGGUGAAAUACUUUGAGAAAGCUGCGCAAAAUGGGAGUGUUGAUGGCAUGUACAACCUGGGACUUUAUCAUCUCAGCGGGAAAAACCCACGCAUCCCAUGGAGGAAUGAGACAGCUGCUUUCCAGUACUUUGUGAACGCGUCUCGCUUUGGUCACGUUGCUGCAUCGGUGGAGGCAGCUUGGUAUCUUUCGACAGGAAGCCUGGGAGGGGUGUCUCAGGAUGCAGAGAGGGCUGUGAUAAUGCUAAAAAAGGUCUGUGAACGGAACGGACACCUUGGAUUUAUGAUCAGAGAGGCUCUGCAGGCCUACCUCCAGGGCUCCAGGCAGGAAGCAUUUGUGAAGUACGUCUUGGCAGCUGAAACUGGUCUGGGUUUGGCCCAGAGCAACGCUGCACACCUGUGUGAGGAACUGGAUCUCAGUUAUGAUUGUCAGUGGAGAUAUCAUAACUUCUCUAUAUUAAACUAUAAUUCCCAUCCGUCUGCUCUGCUGAAAAUGGGAGACUACUAUUACUAUUCCUCCGGCGCCCCAGAAGACUCAUUAUCCUUGGUUGGUCAGGCGCUAUCGAUGUACAGCAGAGCAGCUCUCGCGGGCAGCCCUCAGGGAAUGUACAACUUGGGGAUUUUGGCACAACAAGGGCACGCUCUUCCACAGAGCGUCCGCGGCAUGUUCAACGUGACACACUAUGAUGAGGACGACAUUGUGGUGGAGAAGGUGUUAAGAAGAUGUGUGGAGAGUGAGCAUGAAGACGCAGUAACACCCUGUUCUUUAGCUCUGCUCGGACUCCAGAUGGGAAAAGCCUGGAGGAGAAUGACUCAGAGCGGUGCACAGCUCCACUUGGCAUAUGCAUCUCUUCUUUCUGUCUGCGUCCUUCUUGUCUUUAUACCACUUCAGAGCUGUCUCGGACAAAGGGUUUCCGGUCGGCGUCCAGUCGCACUGAGGGCGAGGACUUCACCAGUCAGCCAAGAAGGUGUCAACUUGAAUAGGGAGCAAGAUGGCAUCAUGGGAGGAACCUAUAGAGUGGUAGGGAAUCUAUGGCUUACUGUGCUGAAUGGCGAGCAGUGGCUCCGAGAGACCAGCGAUUUGGCCGUGACACUGUCGGGUGUGUGCCUGUGUGCUUUCUGGACCACAUUCUUCUAUCGUCUCCUAAGACAUACAAUACCCAGCGGAGUGACCCAGUAG